AACAUGUAUAUCAUAGAAAUUAAAUGUUUUGCAAUAUGACUUAACAAACGGACGCAGGAGGCUGCAUGUUACUGCAUGUUGAGACACGUCUAUGAGUGCAUAGUAGCCGCCAGCAACAGUUUAAUGCGUGGUUUAGGCAUAGACCAGUGCUUAGAAGAGACGACGCUUGCAUUAAAGAAUGAUUGUCCUCAUCGUACGACUAUAUUCAGCUGGUACAGAGAAUCCCAAAGGGGCAAUUUCAUUCCGGAGGACGCUGAGAGGGAAGGCCGCGAACGUCAGUAAGA